AUGACGGAUCAUGAGAUAUCUCAAGCCUUGCACUCUCUCCUCCACUCUUCCUCAUCUCAAUCAUCUCGCCUUGAUUCCCCGUCACCUCCAUUUACCUCCCUCUCCUCCAUAGUCGGCGACCUCGAGCUCAAGCUUGGUAUCGGUCUAGCCCACAAAACAGACUUCAUUCGCGCUCAAAUCCAACAAUAUCUUCUUUUCCAACCUCCACCUCCACCUCCACCGCCUCAUCUUCAAUCGCAACAAUAUCAACCACCGCUCUACCUCCAACACCAGAACCAGCCUCAUUCAUAUCAGUACCACCUUCAUCAACAGCACCAACCAUUUCAACACCAACACCCGCAGAUACAUACACACCAACCAUUAUCGUUGAUUCAGCCUAAAGAACAUUAUGCCUUCCAGCAAACUCCCCAUUUUCAUUCGGAUAUUGCUUCCCCAAAUCUGUUCUCCUCUUCUUUUCCUGGAGGCUUGUCCUUCCACUCCAUCCCUGCUCAUUCGGUCAAGCCCGAUAACACCACCACCACCAUCGACCCUUCCAAGGCGAGUGGGUCGAGUAAAGCAAAAAGGAGAGGCGGGGCCGGAGGUCUGAACAAGCUCUGUGGCGUUUCACCGGAGCUUGAGGCUGUUGUUGGCCACCCAGCUCUUCCGAGAACAGAGAUUGUGAAGCAGUUGUGGGCAUACAUCAGGAAGAACAACCUCCAGGAUCCGAGCAAUAAGAGGAAAAUAAUUUGCGACGACGCUCUGCGUGUGGUGUUUGAGACGGACUGUACUGACAUGUUCAAGAUGAACAAGUUGUUGUCUAAGCACAUCACACAUCUCGACCCUAAUACUCAAUUGUCUUCUCCCUCUCCAGCUCCAUCGCUAGCUGCUUCUCCAGCUCAAGGUCCAACUCCUCAUUUUGUCGGGAUAUCAGAAGAGUUGGCCAACUUCUUUGGUGUUGAGGUGAGGGAGAUGCCCCAAUCCAAAGUUUUGAAUCGCGUGUUAGAAUACAUCAAUUCCAACAAUCUAAAGGACCCCGUUAAUCCCGGAGUGAUAGUAUGUGACAUGAAGCUUCAAGAGCUCUUUGGCUGUCAUAGUUUCCCAGUUGAGAAGAUCAUGGACAUCCUAUCCUGCCAACACACAUUUAGGAUUUGA